AUGUCCUUCCACAACAAACCUCCUCUUGUUUUAUCCGAAGCCUUCAGCAGUCCUCUUCGGAAGGUAACCUUCUCAGCAGAACCUUCUCGAUCUUCCAUUGAUUCUUCUUCCUCUCGAAAUGGUGUAAAUUCUCAACAUUCAAACUCGGCUGCUGCCACUCCCUAUUUUGACGCCUCUCUUUUUAAAGAAGAACAUUAUUCACAACAACAACAACACUAUCAUCACUCACACGCACGAAUUGAAACAUUUAAAAAAUAUUGGAAAAAGUUUUCGAGUAGUACUUUUGGAAAUCGUCGAUUGAAAAUGUACAUUUAUUCAUGUCUCAAAUUUUUGACCAUUACCUAUGUGCAAGCAAAUGAUUUAUUUGGAAAAAGUGAUACGUUGGUGUUGACAGAAGGAGAGCAACAGUUACAACUUGUAUUUAAAAUUGUGUCUUAUACAUUUAUGGCAAUAUUAAUGUUGCUAUUUACGGAAAGAUACAUUCGAGAAUUGACAGCUGUCGCUCGCAAGAAACCUCUCACGAUUUGGAUCAAUUGGAUGGAAUCAAUCGUGUAUUUAAUGUUCUUUAUUUAUUCUAUUGCGACUUCUGUGAUUCAUGUGGUCUAUAUUGUAAGAGAAUACGAUACAGAAGUGGAAGAGAGAAUUUUACAUCCAGAAAUAUUUGCGAAAAAAUCAUUUACAUUGGAAGAACAUUUGGCUGUGGAAAUUUUAGAAGUUUUUGUGCAUAUUUAUAUUAUUGUGGAUAAGGGAACUCACUUUAUUCAUGCAAGCCAUAGUGUUUCUUAUUAUUUAGCCAAGGCCCAACACAUUCCCAAGCAUCAUCAUCCUGGGCAUCAUCCAAAUGAUUACUUUUAUGUCAAUGACGCCUCCAAACAUAAUCCAAAUCAUGCCUUACAAGAUCCGAAUAUUCUCAUGCUGGAUGAAUCAGAUGCCAUUGGUUCUUUCGAAGAUAAGGAUAAAGAACAUGCUCAACACGAUGAAGAAAGUGACGAUGACUAUGAUGAUUUUAUUGGAAAGACUUAUCAAGCAGCACGUGGCAAGACACGAAGAAGAAAUACGACUCUUGGAGCAGUUUACACACAACCAACAUCACUGUUCGUCACGAAUCAUGACGAUGGAAAGAAGGUACCUCUACAAGCAUUCGAUCAACUUUAA